AUGUCCAACAGCAGCUCCAUCACCCAGUUCCUCCUCCUGCCGUUCACAGACACACGGGAGCUGCAGCUCUUGCACUUCUGGCUCUUCCUGGGCAUCUACCUGGCUGCCCUCCUGGGCAACGGCCUCAUCAUCACCACCAUAGCCUGGGACCAGCACCUCCACACCCCCAUGUACUUCUUCCUGCUCAACCUCGCCCUCCUCGACCUGGGCUCCAUCUCCACCAUUGUCCCCAAGUCCAUGGCCAUUUCCCUCUGGGAUUCCAGGGCCAUUUCCUACAGAGGAUGUGCUGCUCAGAUCUUUUUUUUCUUUUUCUGUGCUACAGCAGAAUAUUCUCUCCUCACCGUCAUGUCCUACGACCGCUACGUUGCCAUCUGCAAACCCCUGCACUACGGGACCCUCCUGGGCAGCAGAGCUUGUGUCCACAUGGCAGCAGCUGCCUGGGCCACUGGGUUUCUCAAUGCUCUGCUGCACACGGCCAAUACAUUUUCACUGCCCCUGUGCAAGGGCAAUGCCCUGGGCCAGUUCUUCUGUGAAAUCCCCCAGAUCCUCAAGCUCUCCUGCUCACACUCCUACCUCAGGGAACUUGGGCUUCUUGUGGUCAGUGUCUGUUUAGCAUUUGGCUGUUUUGUGUUCAUUGUGGUGUCCUAUGUGCAGAUCUUGAGGGCCGUGCUGAGGAUCCCCUCUGAGCAGGGACGGCACAAAGCCUUUUCCACCUGCCUCCCUCACCUGGCCGUGGUCUCCCUGUUCCUCAGCACUGCCAUGUUUGCCAACCUGAAGCUCCCCUCCAUCUCCUCCCCAUCCCUGGACCUGGUGGUGUCUGUUCUGUACUCAGUGGUACCUCCAGCAGUGAACCCCCUCAUCUACAGCAUGAGGAACCAGGAGCUCAAGGAUGCCCUGUGCAAACUCAUAUCCCGCUGUUUUCUGAAGCAAUAA